AUGGCGCUUACUCCUGCUAUGGGGCCCAGAGGGGAGACGCUGGCGUGGCAUGGGGUUGAUGUGCUUUGGGCUCAGCGGCCCGAUGGGGUCUUUCUGACCAUCGACCUUAAUGAGGCACAAGAUAUCAAGGUGUCCUUAGAUUCAGAGAAACUCAGUUUCUCCGGAAAAGCGGCUGGAAACCACUACGAAUUCACCCUGGACUUCUUUGCUCCCAUCGUCAAGGAAGAGUCCAAGUGGAGCCCGAAAAGGUUAAUCGAGUUCUACUUGAAGAAAGAGUCUGAGGGAACUUGGACCUCUCUCAGCAAGAAGAAACUCCCGUGGGUGAAGGUGGAUUGGAAGAGAUGGCAAGACUCGGAUGAUGAGGAAGAAGGAAAGAACAAUCAAUGGAAUCUGGAUGGUUUGGGUGACAUGAACUUUGGUGACAUGGGGGGAGGUGAGGAGUACGAUUCGGAUGACGAGGAGCUUCCAGAUCUGGAUCCUGCAGAGCCAUUGGGCAGCGCGGACGUGCCACCAGAGGAAGCGAGAAAGGAGAAAGUGGACACAGACUCGCUGGACUGAUCCAGGGUUGAGCUGCGACAAGUGAUCCAAGCCGAUCAUGGCAAAUCUCUGUUGCAGCUGGGUUUCAGGCGGUUCUGGAUGACUUUGGUUCAGAGAGCUGCAAUGUUUGAGACACUGGUCUCCUCUGUUGGCGCCAAUGAUGGGUGAUGGGUGUAAACCUGUGAUCUCAACCGUAGAUCAUAGGAAUGUUGAAAACGUGCUGUCCCGUGACGAGACAAAACAAAACUGGGCUUGAGGGUGUUUAACAGGGAAGCCUCCACUGACCAUUAGACAUACCCUCUGGUAAACUAAC